GCGCCCGGAGCUAACGUGGGUAGGCCGGAUCUGCCCGGAGACAAGUGACGAGUCAGCCCCGUCCUGAGGCUGGGUGGGAAAACUGGUGCAAGUGGAGAGGCAGGGGGCAGGGAGAAGCGGGAGGGGUGUGCGUGACGGAGAAAACUGGACACCAGUGCUGCUCCCCAGAUUCUCAGAUCUGAUUUCCACGCUUGCUCCCGAAUAGUCUAGGCAGGCCACUUUUGGAAGUGGGCGUAUCUAGCGGGCGGGCGGCCGCUUUCGAUUUCGCUUUCCUCUAAAUGGCUGCGCUUCUCGCCAGCACCGCUCAGUGGGUUCCUGGGACUUUCCGAGAGUCCCGCCCUCGCUCUGUCCCUCAACCUCCAGGAGGGGCGGACUCAGCCGCACCCAGAGACUCCCGCCCUACGGGAGCGAGGAGAGUUUCAGGUCCGGCCCGGACCCGGCCGGCGUCAGCGCGCCCAUGGCUAGCUCUAGAUGUCCCGCUCCCCGCGGGUGCCCCUGCCUUCCCGGAGCGUCUGUCGCGUGGCUGGGGACAGUGCUGCUGCUUCUCGCCGACUGGGUGCUGCUCCGGACCGCGCUGCCCUGCGUAUGCUGCCUGCUGGUGCCCACCGCGCUGCCGCUGCUCCGGGUCUGGGCGGUGGGCCUGAGCCGUUGGGCCAUGCUGUGGCUGGGGGCCCGCGGAGUCCUCAGGGCAACGGUUGGGUCCACGAGCGAAAACGCAGGUGCUCAGGGCUGGCUGGCGGCUUUGGAGCCUUUGGCGGCGGCGCUGGGCUUGGCCCUGCCGGGACUUGCCUCGUUCCGAGAGCUGGUCUCGUGGGGAACCCCCGGGGCCGCGGACAGCACCAGGCUACUGCACUGGGGAAGUCACCCCAGCGCCUUCGUUGUCAGCUACGCGGCGGCACUGCCCGCAGCCGCCCUGUGGCACAAGCUCGGGGGCCUCUGGGUGCCCGGCAGUCGGGGAGGCUCUGGAGACCCUGUGCAUCGGCUUCUAGGCUUACUGAGUGCAGAGAUGCGCCGCCUCUCGCUGUUCCUGGUCCUGGUGGUCCUAUCCUCUAUUGGGGAGAUGGCCAUUCCAUUCUUCACGGGCCGCCUCACUGACUGUAUUCUACAAAAACGCUCAGUCGAUACCUUCACUCGAAACAUAACUCUUAUGUGCAUUCUCACCAUAGCCAGUGCAGUGCUGGAGUUCGUGGGUGACGGGAUCUAUAACACCACCAUGGGCCGCGUUCACAGCCACUUGCAGGGAGACGUGUUCCGGGCUGUCCUGCGCCAGGAAACAGAGUUUUUCCAACAGAACCAAACAGGUACCAUCACGUCUCGGGUAACAGAGGACACGUCCAACCUGAGUGGGCCUCUGAGUGAGAAUCUGAGCUUAUUUAUCUGGUACCUGGUGCGAGGCAUGUGUCUCUUGGGGAUCAUGCUCUGGGGGUCAGUGCCCCUCACCAUGGUCACCCUGGUCGCCCUGCCUCUGCUUUUGCUUCUGCCCAAGAAGCUGGGAAAAUGGCAGCAGUUGCUGGGAGCGCAGGUGCAGGAAUCUCUGGCCAAGUCCAGCCAGGUGGCCAUUGAGGCUCUGUCAGCCAUGUCUACAGUUCGAAGCUUUGCCAAUGAGGAGGGUGAAGCCCAGAAGUUUAGGGAAAAGCUGCAAGAAAUAAGGACACUCAACCAGAAGGAGGCUCUGGCCUAUGCAGUCAACUUCUGGACCACCAGUAUUUCAGGGAUGCUGCUAAAGGUGGGAAUCCUCUACAUUGGUGGGCAGCUGGUGGCCAGUGGCAGUGUAAGCAGUGGGAACCUUGUGACAUUUGUUCUCUACCAGAUGCAGUUCACCGAGGCUGUGGAGGAACUGCUGUCUACCUACCCCAGAAUACAGAAAGCUGUGGGCUCUUCAGAGAAAAUAUUUGAGUACCUGGACCGCACCCCUCGCUGCCCACCCAGUGGUCUGCUGACUCCCUUACACUUGGAGGGCCUUGUUCAGUUCCAAGAUGUCUCCUUUGCCUACCCAAACCGUCCAGACGUCUUAGUGCUGCAGGGGCUGACGUUCACCCUAUGCCCUGGGGAGGUGACGGCGCUGGUGGGACCCAAUGGUUCUGGGAAGAGCACAGUGGCUGCCCUGCUGCAGAAUCUGUACCAGCCCACUGGAGGACAGCUGCUAUUGGAUCGGAAGCCCCUUCCCCAAUAUGAGCACCGCUAUCUGCACAGGCAGGUGGCUGCAGUGGGACAAGAGCCACAGAUAUUUGGAAGAAGUCUUCAAGAAAAUAUUGCCUAUGGCCUGACCCAGAAGCCAACGAUGGAGGAAAUCACAGCUGCUGCAGUAAAGUCUGGGGCUCAUAGUUUCAUCUCUGGAUUUCCUCAGGGUUAUGACACAGAGGUAGGCGAGGCUGGGAGCCAGCUAUCAGGGGGUCAGCGACAGGCAGUGGCGCUGGCCCGAGCAUUGAUCCGGAAACCAUGUGUACUCAUCCUGGAUGAUGCCACCAGUGCCCUGGAUGCAAACAGCCAGUCACGGGUGGAGCAGCUCCUGUACGAAAGCCCUGAGCGGUGCUCUCGCUCAGUGCUUCUCAUCACCCAGCACCUCAGCCUGGUGGAGCGGGCUGACCACAUCCUCUUUCUGGAAGGAGGUGCUAUCCGGGAGAGGGGAACCCACCAGCAGCUCAUAGAAAAAAAGGGGUACUAUUGGGCCAUGGUGCAGGCUCCUGAAGAUGCUCCAGAAUGAAAGCCUUCUCAGACCUGCGCACCCGUCUCCCUCCGUUUUCUUCUCCUCGCCGUGGUGGAGAACCACAGCUGCAGAGUAGGCAGCUGCUUCUAGGAGGAGUUACCUGAAAUUUCCCGAGUGUUUACUUCCUUUCCAAGCUCCUCUUGAUAAUGCAGACUUCCUAGAAGGCAAACACAGGAUUUGUAAUUCCUUAGCGUAACUGGGUGUAGAGCCAGGGUUGGUGCUUGGUGUGGCCAGCACACUGAAAAUCGAGAAAUGUUCAGAUUGUACAGAGAGAAAAUCAGCUAUUUUCAAUAUGACUGAAGACAUAUGCUGGCCAAUAAACGCCCUGUAGAUUCUUGAUAUUUAUAAUAAAAUUGGUGUUUUGUA